CUUUAGCACAAGGAAAGAAGAAGCGGAAACUUACUGUGACAGGAAGCGUGUACUACAACAACGUGGGUUUAUUGAAGUCGCCGGUGUUUAUGUCCGCAUUACUAAAGCUUUUUAUUAUUCACAAUGAAGCACACGGAGGUGCAGCAACAGCAUCCCUCCCUCUAUCUUGAAGUUUGCUCUCAAAAUGAGGAGCAGCGUCUCCCUCUGCACACCUCCAUCGCCCUGUUCCUCCUCUCCUACUGCGAGUGCAAGUCUUUCAAAGUUUUCCUGGUCUUCACCAAACCUGGCAGCUCCCAGUCACUGAAGAGUCAGCUACCAGAGGGUUUGGAUGUGUCUGACAUUCAGUUGGAGGAUCUGCCUCAGUUGGUGAGGGGCUGCCGUCUCCCUGCUGUGUUGGAUGAGACUGGGAGGCUGUGCAGAGCAGGGCUGGCAGUGGUCCUGAGACAUAUCAUCAACAAGACCUUGGAUGCUGAUCCCUCCAGGAAUGAUGUGCUGGCACUGCUGGGAUUCAAGAAGACCUGUCUGAAGGCCUGUGCUGAGGUGAGCAGGUGGACCAGACUGUGUGAAAUUGGCAUCCCCUCUGCUGUUGAAGAACACCUCAAAAAUCCCACAAAUCAAUAUGAGCAGCUGCCUCUCUCCAUCCUCACCCUGGAGCGAAGGCUAGCGGAGCCUGUCAAAGUCCACAAUGAUGACAAGAUACGGAGAAAGAAGCUGCAAGAGCAGAGACAGAGUGAAAAGAAUGAGUCCCCCGAGGCCCAAGGGAAACCAGACUCUGAGUCCGGACAGUCACCUCAGGUCAGUGAUGGACUGGAGCUCAGGGCGGCUCUGGCAAAGCUGUCUGUGGAUUCAGUACCAACUUCAACCACCAGAGAGAACUCUGAGAUCAGGAAAGUGAAGACGACGGACCUGCCUCCGCUGGAGCAUGUGUUUGCUGAAGGACUGUACUUUACACUGACUGAUGUGGUGCUGCUGCCGUGCAUUCAUCAGUACUUGUGUUCACUCCAAGCCCACGCUGCGAGCACUCUACAUCAGCUCCCCCACCUGCUGCGUUGGCACAGCCGCGUUCAGGAGGUACCUGGGGUCCUCCGGGCAGCUGAGGCCUGUGGGAUGGCUUUCUCCAUCCCCCAGGUUCCCACAUACAGCCACCCAGAGCCAUCAGCAGAGGACAACGCAGCCAGCCUAUUGGAGCAAGAAGAAGGCCAGGAGAUGACCACACAGCUUCCCUUUGUCGGUGGCCCCCGUCCCACAAUGACUAAACUUCAAGAAAAUGGCAUCGAGGCAGUCUUCGCUCCUCAUCCUUGCCCUGCCUGGACCCUCCCAUGGGACAGCUUACCAGAAGCUAUCAACCCCGCUGAAGGGAAAAUGUCAAAUAUCCGUGCAGCUCGGAAGAGGCAACAGCUGAAUAACUUGGUUGCCAUGGUUACAGAGCUAGCCAGGCCAGGACACACCGUCGUGGACUUCUGCAGCGGAACGGGCCAUGUGGGGAUUGUUCUGGCUCACACACUUCCAGAUUGCCAGGUCAUCCUCAUAGAGAACAAAGAGGAGUCCUUGGUCAGGGCCCAGAGUCGGAGCGCUGAGCUCGGGCUGAAAAACAUUGGCUUCAUUCAGGCCAAUUUGGACUACUUCACCGGGUCAUUUCACAUUGGGGUUGCUCUCCAUGCAUGUGGAGUCGCAACAGACAUGGUGAUGGAGCACUGCAUUCAGGCAGGAGCCGCCUUUGUCAUCAGUCCUUGCUGCUACGGCUUCAUUCAGAAUGCAAUCAAGUUCACCUUUCCCAAGAGCAAAAGGUUCCAAGAGACGCUGACUUAUAAGGAACACAUGAUCCUCUGUCGCUUCGCAGACCAAACUGCUGUCCAGCUCCCUCCUGAGAGGCGACUCAUAGGUAAACAGUGUAUGGGCCUGGUAGACUUGGACCGCUCGUGGGCAGCAGAGACUCAUGGGUAUUCGGUGCGGGUGAUGACUAUGGAGCCUGAAAGCUGUUCACCAAAGAACAACAUGCUGGUGGGAAAGCCUCUGCACACGAGUGGACUGGAAGUCUGAGCUAACCAAGUGGAAGCGCUGGCGCAUAAUUAGGACUUCAAGUGCUGGUGUACAGCAGAGCGUCUUCACUGUAGUCAGGGUUUGAUAAAGCACCAGGCCAGUGUGGCUCCUGGCUGUGUCGUCAUGGUGCUGAGAAUACCACUAUUUUUUACCCUCCUUCUAUGUUUUCUUCUUCUUUUUUAUAUGGCCUUGAAAAAUAAGACAUUCUUACUCUCAUUAUUUCUGGACUAGCAAAAGUCAUCUUCUCAAAUCUUCAGACCAAAGGUAAAAGCAAUAGUGCCGUGAUUUUUAAUGUGAUCAACAUGUGGAAGAGGGCUCCGCGAGAGCUGCUCCUCUCCCUUGUUAAAUGCGUUCAAUUAUUGGACGCUUAGUUGUAGUAAAAGCUCGAAGUCUCUCACCAACUGCUACGUUGCGUUUGUGUCUUUGCCUAAACUGUGUGAUCAAGCUGUCAGCGUAAACAGAAGCAGCAGGAAUUACACACCCACAUUGCGAAUUAAGAACAGCAUACUUCCACAUGCUGUUUUUGCAAAUAGUCUGUAUACGGCCUUCUGUGAUAGAACUCAGCAGUCAGCUCCCUCUGUUGCCAGGUAUUAGGAGAAGAAAGGGAAAUUUGGCGCUAAAAAGUCAUCUGCACUUAAAGAUCAGAUGUGGAAUUACCAUCAUCUACCUCUCCUGUGCAUGUGUGUGUGUUUGUGAGGGACUGGCGGAGAGAGAGAUGGGGAUAUAGAAAGAGGGGAAUUGGAUUGAAACUCAUAUCAUAUCAGGUGAAAUAUAGCAUUUGUCAUGGUUCUACAGAGAAACUGAUUAUUCCUCAUAAAGAAUGAAUGUGAAUAUGGUAUGCAUGUCGUAAUACGUUCAGCAGCAAUGAAUAUUUUAUGAUGCUGGGGAAAAGGUCAGUGUGCUUGAUUAGAUGCGCACUAUUCAGAGCCUAGUAGCCGAGAGUCACACAAUGCGCUCCGUAUUUCCAAUCCUGUAGACUUUAGACACACUGUAGCCCCCUAAGCUUUCAUUCUUCCAGGUGAAACCGGUCAUCUGUUUCCCUGAAAAAUCCUGUGUUGUCACUUUUGACAGAGCAUCGCCGCUGCUUGAGAAAUCAGGGGAGGUAGCCAGAGAGCCAGUUUUCCCGUUCAUUCCGAAAGGAUAGGCGAGAGAGAGAGGCGGAGGCUUUUCCAGCGUGGAGCUCAUCUGAAUUCAGUCAGCAGAGUCAAUCUAUCCCGAGGUGAAUGGCCAGACACAGCUCCUUCCAAGGACUGGAAUUAUUUCAAAAGGAGAUGUCUGACUCCCUGUUCAUGUUUGUGGCUCUGCACAAGUGCACAUUACAGAAAUUCAUAUAGGCACAAAGGACACGAGAGAGAGAGUAGGUGGCGCUACUUAAAGCUCGUAUAGGAGAUGGAAUACAAAGGUGUGAAGUGGGUCGAUUGAACCCAAACACUUGAAGCUGGAAGGUGGCUAAACAAGAUUAUUUGUUUAGACAAAAUAGGCAAUAUGUCUGAGCUCAUUUCUGUGUAAGUGCACAGCAUUUCUUUACUAAUGGUAAUGAUACACUGAGCUGAAUGCUUUUUUUUUUAAAUGUGUAUUUAACUGAUUGGCCUCAUUACAAAAGUUAACAAGAUGUGAGCUGAACCUGAAACAAAUGAUUUAUUAAAAGUUUUUUUUUUUUUUUUUUUCAACAAAAGGAACCUGUGAUUAAUUAAAUCAAAUGUAAUUGCAUAUGUAAAGGAGCAGUGUGCGGGAUGUAGUGGCAUCUAAUUUAUAUACUCUAUUAAUCCCAGAGGGGAAAUUCAAUGUUUUCACCCUUGCUUGUCAAUUACACACAGGUCCGAAAGACACACACAUGCACAAACAGGACCUAUACAUGCACAAAGUGGAGAGAUGUCAGAGUGAGGGGGCUGCCUUGGUCAGGCGCCCCGAGCGGUUGGGGGGUUCGGUGCCUUGCUCAGGGGCAGAUUGCAGCCAGUGGAAACUUCUCCCAUGUGCCAAGCGUGAACUCUCGGUUAGGAUCUCCUCAGUGUCCAUUGUUCGUAAGGUUUUUACCAGUGUGCUGUCCCUCUCCAAAACUAUCGGACCAAGGGUAUAUAAUUGGUAAACGUCCUUAAAAAAGCAAGUUUACGUGACGAAUCAGUGUUUCUCCGAUGCUGUUUGGCUAGUCACACACGGGCCACUAGCCAAGCACCUGCCACUGUGUGCUCUUGUAUUUUCUCUGAUAACUGAAGAUCCAGACUUUCAGGAGGUUUUUUCCUGUAGCUGAAUUGUCCGUAGAAGUCUCUGCCUCUCCAAAACAAACAGACCCGGUGAUUUAAAAUGGUAAAAACGCUGAAUAAAGCAAUUUCACAUUUAAAAAAUCGAUGUUUUUCUAGCGCUGUCAUUGCAGAGGAGCUGCUAAUUAAGGUGGCUAACAAAAAUGUAAAUGGCCCUUUCUUGAGCCAGUGUUUGGAUUGUCAGUUCUGGGCUACUGUACAAACAAGGAUAUCUCUGAAGACAAAAACCAGCUACCUAUGUCGGUAUAAACGACUCAUUCUAAGGUAAUAAAAACACAAUGAUUCUUAUUUUCAGGUGAUUAUACACUAAAAAAAUACUUAUUUUAUUAAAGUCUGCCAAUAUUUUCCCUUAAAUCCUACACACUUGACCUUUAAAGGAACAGUGUAUGGGAUUUAGUGGCAUCUAGUGGUGAUAAUUACACAUUGCAACCAGCUGAAACUUUUCCCAGCUAGGACUCCUUCAGUGUUCAUUGUCCUGGAGGGUUUCACCAGGAGCUGAAUUAUCCACAGAGGUCUCUUGCUCUCCAAAUCAAACACACCAGAUGAUCUAAAUUGGUAAGACUCUGAAUAAAGCAGUUUCGCAUUAUAAAUGAUUGUUUUUCUAAUUUUGUGUGGCUCGCUGUGGAGGGGCUGCUAACUACGAUGGCUGACACGAUAAUGCAAAUGGCCCUAUCUAGAGCCAGUGUUGGUUUGUCCAUUCUGGGCUACUGUAGGUAACAGAAAUACAAGGAUUAUUUUCAGGUUAUUAUACACAGAAAACAUACAUAUUAAAUGUCUCCCAAUAUCCCUCUAAACCCUACACCCUGGACCUUUAAUGUGAGAGUAAUCUUUAUGUAAAUGCUGAUAUUUGGCAUUAAAAUAAUCAUUAACACUGAAGUAAAACUCAGUGGACUCUCCUCACCAUUCAUGCCUGUUUUCAAAAGCAGCUCCGAAACAAAACAAUUUGUUGCUGCAGCAAACCUCCACCAGCAAAUAAUGGCUCUUUCAUUGUUUUAUUAACUUCAGUUAUUACUUGUAAUUAAAAUUCAGCUGGUCUUGGUUUUCCACUUCAUUACACUGUAUGUGGCUGUUUGUCUGCAACAGUUCGCUGCUCCAUAUUUGGGGUCUCUCUCCCUGUUGGCAUGAUGUUUCCCUUUUGACAAACAGUGACCUUGUUUAUGUGUUUGGUUACUAUAACAGGCAGUGAUGUAGAGUACAAGCCCAGAUGGAAUAGAUACAAGGGGCCUCUGCUGCCCUUUCAAUUAUCUCAAAUAUCAUGUUUUUACUGUGUAUUUACCAUUUUAACUUGCAUUACCAACAAUGAUUCAUUUCACUUGUGUAUUUUUUCUAAUAAACAACGUUGAGCAUAAUUAUAGAAGUCUGGAAUAACAACAAAUUAUUAUUCACACGUUUCCUCUUUGGUUGCCUGGAGCUGCUGCAGCUGCUGCUAUUGUUUGCACCCUAAUAAUGUUGUAAACUAUUCCCCAAUGCUUCUCAUCACAUCUGCUGUCACCUUGUAUACCCCCAGUUUAGAAUCCCCAUACUUAUAUUCUUUUUUUUUUUGGUAAUUAUUUCCUACUUGAGUCUGCUGUAGCAUUGUCUGCUCAGAAUGUAAUGUAAUGACUCAUUUCCUCCAUGUA